AUGUGGAGGAGGGUUUCCGGAGCGUUUAAAGACGAAAACAGUCUUAUCAAAGCGAGACUGACUAGUCGUCGUUCAACGUUCUGGAAUCCCGAUAUCCAGAAGGCAGUCAUCAAGGCCACCAACCAUGAUGAAUCGUAUGUCGAUAUCCACCACACCCAAUGUGUGUAUGCUUGGAUUAAUAAAUCUGAGGAAUAUCUCCGUCCUGUGUUGUGGGCCCUCUCUGUUAGAAUGGAGAGGACCCACAACUGGGUGGUGGCUUUGAAGGGCCUCAUGCUUAUGCAUGGAGUUUUCUGUUGCAAAGUCCCUGCUGUUCAAACGAUUGGACGGUUGCCGUUUGAUCUUACGGAUUUCAAACACGGGCAUUCAGGGAAUGUGAAAAGAUGGAGCUUUGAGGCUUUUAUCCGGGAUUACUAUGCUUUCCUCGACCAGAAAUCGGCGUUCUUAUACCUUCUUUCGCAGCAACAGAAAGACAAUCAGGAAAGGAGCGAAAAGAGUCUGAUUCUCCAGGAUCUUGUUUGGCUACAGAAACUCCAACCACUGCUAGACAUGUUGCUCCAGAUCAAACCACGAUACGCAGCAAGCACAAACUUGCUCGUUCUUGAAGCCAUGGAAUGCAUCGUAGCCGAGAGUUUUGAUAUUUAUGGCCACAUAUGCAACAGGAUCGUCAGCAUUCUCGGCAGGAUUUAUUCGACUAGCAUAACAGAAGCCAAAAUAACAUUAUUCAUAAUCGAAAAAGCAACGGAUCAACAGAAGCAACUGUCUAAAUAUCUAGACUUUUGUAGAAACAUCGGUGUUGUUAAGGCAUCCGAACGUCCCAAAGUCGAACACAUAUCGAGAGCAGAUAUCCAAAAUCUUGAAAACCUGAUAAAGAGCGGUUCUAAUCAAUCUGGGAACAAACAAUUUCUCCCGAAAGAAGAGCAGAAAUACGUGAUUAUGGAGGAGAAGACGACAACAGAAACCCAUGAAUCCAACGAUUCAAGAAGUGGUUUGAGGACGACGAUAACCACAGAUGAAUGGGAGGUCUUUGAAGAUGAUGAGUUGCAAUCAGAUCAGCAACUGGAGCUCAUCAGUUUGGAUUCUCCCAUGGAAACCAGAAAUAACAAUACGAAUCCUUUUGGUUAUUGCAACACACAUGAAUUGCCCGAUUUGAUUAGUUUUUAA